GUUGUGACCUCUUUUGUUUCAAUAGCAUGUUGCAGUUGAAACAACGUCACAAAGUUAAUUCUCCCCUGGGUUCUUGUGGUUUUAUGGUAUUUUUCAAAACUGAUCCUGAGAGAAGCACCUCCUAGCAAGGUUAGGCAUGUCUCUCUCCACCACCACCAUCUUCAUCCUCCUCCUCCUCCUGCUUGUCCUGGUCUUCUUACUCGUCAUGUCCUACAAGAAACUGAACCGUGACACGGACGGUAAAUACAAGAUCCGGCACGUCAUCUACAAGAAAGGAGGUAUCCGGGACCAGCUGAGAAACACUGUGGCGGUCCUGCAGUCCCGCCUAGGAGUCAGACUGGGUUCUCACAGCGUUAGUUCUGACAAGGACGAUCAGGAAAUGCAGGUUUUUCCCGCAGUUGAAAGACAGGAAAUGGAGGACCGGAGCGAAAACAGCCGAGAAGAAGCAGAGGACAAAGAAUCGGAAAAAAGUAUUGGAAAAACUGAAUGGUUCGUCAAAUUGAAUCAGCUCUCCGGAAGUGUUGUCUGUUCUGAUGAGGAUGCUAACCAGAUAUCUGCAUUAUAGUCCUUGAAAAUAUCAGAUUUCUCCAAAUACUAGAUAGAAACAUUCGCUUGAAAAAAUAAAUGCCGCACUUGAAAUAAUGCCUGGGUAACUAUAUGCAUUUCAGAAAUGUGGUUUUCAUAGGAAAUAUACAGUAUAUGCAUUUUCUAAAGAAGAAUUGAUGCAAAUAAAUGACACAGCUCAAAUAAAUGCAUGAAUAACAGAUUGUUACAAGUAUUGAUAAAAGGGGCUAUUUGCAGUCCAUCUUAGAUGAGCUAAGGCCCAGCGAGGCCGGCGGCGUUUCUUGGUGUUGUUGAUAAAUGGCUUUCGCUUUGCAUAGUAGAGAUUUAGCUUGUAGCGAUGAACUGUAGUUACUGACAGGGUUUUUUUUUUUAAGUGUUCACGAGCCCAUGUGGUGAUAUCCUUUACGCACUGAUGUCGCUUUUUGAUGCAGUACCGCCUGAGGGAUCGAAGGUCACGGGCAUUCAAUGUUGGUUUCUCCAGAUUCUCUGAACCAUUUGAUGAUAUUACAGACCAUAGAUGGUGAAAUCCCUAAAUUCCUUGCUAUAGCUUGUUGAGAAAUUUUGUUCUUAAACUUUUCAACAAUUUGCUCACGCUUUUGUUUAUAAAGUGGUGACCCUCGCCCCAUCCUUGUUUUUUAAUGACUGAGCAUUUCAUGGAAGCUGCUUUUAUACUCAAUUAUGGCACCCACCUGUUCCUAAUUAGCGUGUUUACCUGUGGGAUGUUCCAAAUAAGUGUUUGAUGAGCAUUCCUCAACUUUCUCAGUCUUUUCUGCCAC